AAUUUUCGAACGGGCAGCCAUGUCGGACAUCGCAGCGGCCGAGAAGACGCGAGAUGAGGUCGCAAACAAGCGUCUUCCGACGCUGGAAGCGGGCGUCGAAGAGGCUCUGGCGGUGAUCCGCAACGACAUCCUCGAGCUCGAGAAGGCGUUUGUUCUGAAGCAGAUCAAGCAGCAGUUCUUUGACGACCUGAGCGCGGUGGGCUCACCGGAGGCCAUGGCCGAGUUUGCAGCGAACGCCCAGAUCGAGCGCGAGCAGGGCAAGACCAUGAUGUUGCAGAAAGAAAGGACUUUGCGGCGGCGUUCGAAACUCGACGUGCACUCAACGCGCAGCUCGAGGCCAUGCUUGCCGACGUGAAUGCUCGCAUCCAGCUGCUGACCAAGCGCAUCGGCGACACUGCGGCGCGCGCGGCGCUGAACGAGACCAAGCGCGACGAAUGGAAGGCGCUGCAGCGACUCAACACGCAAAAGAAGACGGUGCUCGAGCUCACGUUCAAGCUCCAGAUGCCGAAAGACAUGGCGUGCGCCGAGUUCGUACAGGCGCAGACCCAAGGCAUUCAGGAAGACAACGACCGGGAGCGCGUUCUCGAAGAUCAGGUGCUCGACCUGUCGGCUCAGGUCAAGCAGUCGGAGAUGAACCUCAACGCGCUUUUGCAAGAGUCGGCGCGGCGCACGGAGGACGCGCAGCUGCUCGAUCGCGUCAACAAGCACGAACAUCUCAUCGAGAUGGCGCGUUGGUAUGAGCAGAUGACGGGCUUUGUCCAGAGCAUCUCAGGCAUCCAUGUGCUUCCGAGCGACGGCGACACAAUGCACGUGCGCAUCCGCAACUUCACGCUCAGCCUCACGGUUGACGUGAUGAACGGCACUCUCCAAGGCGCUGCGCUGGCGCCCGACACGGUCGACAUUGCCGAUUUGGUCGAGAUUGCAGUGGAAGAGAACGAUGUGGCGUUGCUCUUGCGCGAAGCGCGGCACCGCAUCGCGAGCCACGAGAAGCUCGAGGCCGACGUGGCGACGCUGCAGCAGCAGGGUGUCAUGUGCGAGCGCACCAGCGCCGACCGUGUACAACUCACCGUGCGGAAUACACUCUACCACGUCGACACGAGCAGCGAGUACGGGCAUGACAGCGAGUGGCUCCACGUGCGCUGGAUGAAGCCGAGCGACCCGCGCCUUUUGAACGCGAUCAACAAGGAAGAGCAGUGUGCGACGCUGCCGACGCUGGUCGAUCGUCUGCUGCAGCUGCACGCAUAAUAGAUCAUCCAACCGUUGAGUCUAUUGCACCU